GAUCAGGUCAGUGAUCAAACAGACACAUGUUGUAUAACUUACUUAGAAUUGUUAGAACGGAACACGAGUUUUACGCUGAUCGGACUUCACGUCAUUAAUCUAUCGACUCUUGCUGCGCUUGUUGACCAGGCUCCAUCAUUCUUCUGGCAGUGACACCUUGGCGGGGUUGCAGCUACCCGCAAGACUCUGAACAAAGCAAUUAUCUUUUAGAGCACGAGUGAUGAGCGCAUUUCAUAAACCAUAAUCACGCAUUGCGGAACACUCGCAUUCAACCAUUGGAAGAUGUGUGGCCGAUAUGCGCUGGCUCUGUGGCCCAGCCAGAUUCGGCGGAUGCUAGAAGAUGACAAUAUGCCUGUUUAUGAGGCUCCUGAUGACCCUGACGACGGCAACGAUGAGAAUGCUGGCGAAGAUAGUGGCGAGCCGCGGGGAAGUGGAUAUUAUAGUGGUCCAAGGCAGAGUUACAACUUCGCCCCGGGCUAUCGAGGCGUGGUGUAUCGAGCCGAUGUUCCAGAUCGGGGCGCGGGGCCUCAAUCUCGGCACGACGGGCAAGAUACCGAUAAUGAGCCUCUAUCUUCUCCUAGCAAAGGCGCCAAGAAGCAGAGCAGCGAUACAGACGAACAGCUUACUGCUGUAGAAAACAACGAUCUACAUUACAAACUGCAAACUAUGAAAUGGGGCCUCAUUCCCUUCUGGACUAAGCGUAAUCCCGGCUAUGGCUCCAUGAUGAAAACCAUCAAUUGCCGCGACGACUCACUUGCGCAGAGUGGUGGCAUGUGGAGCUCUAUGAAGGGGAGAAAACGGUGUAUUGUGGUUGUGCAAGGGUUCUACGAAUGGUUAAAGAAGGAUGGUGGUCGUGAAAAGAUGCCGCAUUAUGUCAAACGCAAGGAUGGUAAACUCAUGUGCCUUGCAGGCUUGUGGGAUGUUGUGCAGUAUGAAAACGACGAUGAGAAACUGUAUACGUAUACUAUUAUUACGACAGAUUCGAACAAGCAGCUAAACUUCCUGCAUGAUCGCAUGCCUGUGAUUCUAGAAAAUGGCUCCGAGAAGAUGCGGAAAUGGCUCGACCCGAAACGUUACGAAUGGUCAAAGGAGUUGCAAUCGCUCCUAGUUCCAUAUGACGGUGAACUAGAAGUGUAUCCCGUGAGCAAGGACGUCGGCAAAGUCGGUAACAAUUCGCCUUCAUUCAUCAUUCCCAUCGACAGCAAGGAGAACAAAUCCAACAUAGCGAAUUUCUUCGCAAAAGGUGCUGUGACAAAAAAGAACAGUAAGAAUCUCAAAGAGGAGAGGGGCGGAGUAGAGGACAUUCCAGAUGCAGUGAUCAAGCCAGAACAGCCAGAGAUUGAAAUCACCGAGACCAAAGGAUUCAAAGCUGAGGACGACGUCGACGAAGCGGACGAGGCUAAAGUGAAAUCCGAAGACAUAGAAGGAAACGAGGACACUGAAAAGGUUUCUGCUGGUAUUAAGCGAGAAGCAACAGAAGAAUCCACGGGAGAGGAACCGCCCAAGAAACUAGCUACUGCGGCGUUGAAUAAGAACCAAAGCGCGAAGAAGAACACAGAACAAUCGUGGGGGAAAGGGGCCCGCAGGCAGAAGAUCAGUGCCACGAGCAACAACAGCAGAAGUCCUACCAAAGCUUCAAAAUCGGCGGGGACGCAGAAGAUUACCAAGUUCUUCGCGAAUAGCUCUUGAUUUCUUCUGAUCAGGGGUGUGCCACGUAGGAGGACUUCGAAUGACUGGUUCCACAGGCCGGUUCAUCUCGAAGCCGUGUAUUGUAUCUGUAUCUAUGUGUAGUAUGCCUAGGGUUUGGUGUUAGCGAAUAUGACUUUGAUUAUGCUGCUUGGAAAAGCUGCUGAUCUGUUGAUGUUAUCAUCUUAUAUAGUACUUUUCAGAAUAUAGGUACACUUCCGCAUCA